AUGAUGCCCACGCUCAUGGGAGGCGUCCUCCCCGGGCCCGUUCCCACACCAUAUCACACUGACACCUUUUUCGACGACUUGUCAAGACAAAUGGCUCUCUCCCAGGCGUCACGGAGGCUAUCUCGAGGCUCUAACGGACAACGCAGCGCGGGAGGUAUGCGUGUAGCCAAGCCCACCAGUGCCAGCAACAGCCCAAGGUCAUCAGCAGCUAUACAAGCAAGGAGGAGGACUGUGGUGAACGAUGGAAACCUGGCAAGGCGGAGACAUCAGCCCAUGGACCAAGUUCCGAUGCCCGACUACAGUUCUCAGUCUCGACCAACACGUCCGCUCAGCUGGCACCCUUCAACCUUUCAGCAACAGAAGGUGACCUUUGCUCCAAGCAUGGCACAAUACCCUUUCCCUCCUGUCACGUCGGCAUAUGACAUCGACAGCUAUCACGUCUAUCAGCAGUUCCCGCCAACUCCGGCGGCCUACUCCUGCAAUACCUCCCCUGUCGCCUCCUUCUCCCCUCUCUCACUUCCUUUUGGAGGAUAUGAUGGCUCCAAUUUUCUGCCUGUUGAGGGUUGGAACGUACCUCAUCAAGCACCACCAGCAUAUGUUUCAUCAGACACGACUGGCUAUGCCGAGCCUUUCCCAGCUCUGCCAACCACUCUCCCGGAACUCACGCCGUCUUCCUCCGCGACGCAAUGGAACCCAAAUCACAUGCACGACUUCAUUAGCACUUCUCCGCCCACCCCCGAAACGCUGCCGCAGGCCCAGCAGCCCCAACCUAUUGUACCAAAUGAGGACACGAUCCCUUAUCAACCACUCGACGAGCCAGAGGAGGAGGGUGAAAUCUUGGUGGGCAUGGGGCUCUAUGAUGCUCCCGACAAGUACGAGCAGGACCCUCAACUCGACACGUCUCGUUCUGCCAUGUCCUCAUUGCUGGGCACAUCCUUCCGCCCUCAGGAGGGUACUGGCAAGGGCCUGAAGCUGGAGGAGUCAUGGCAGCCUCCCGAGAGUGACGACGAAGACGAGGAUGAGCAGGAUGAUGCCGAUGGCGAGGACUCAGACUAA